ACUUGUACUGUUUUAUUCUAGUGUUUGACCUCCAUGGCUUUUCUUCCUCAGGCAUCAUGGCAGAUAAAGAAGCAGAGAAGACCGUCGGGGAGGAAGAGGAGAUCGACCUCAACUACCAGCCUCCUGCCCAGAAGUCUCUGCAGGAGAUCCAGGAGCUGGACAAGGAGGACGAGAGUCUGAACAAGUAUAAGCAGGCUCUGCUGGGGGCUGGACCUGUCAUCGCAGAUCCCUCUGUGCCAAAUGUUCAAGUCACGAGGCUAACGCUGUUGUGCGACAAGGCGCCUGCGCCCAUCACAAUGGACCUGACAGGUGAUCUGGAAGCCCUGAAGAAGCAGAAUUUCGUGCUGAUGGAAGGAGUCGACUACAGAGUGAAAAUCCAUUUUAAGGUCAACAAGGAGAUAGUCUCUGGCUUGAAGUAUGUGCAUCAUACCUACAGGAAAGGUAUUCCAGUGGACAAGGCGGUCUACAUGGUGGGCAGCUACGGGCCGCGUGUCGAGGAGCAUGAGUUCAUGACCCCUGUGGAGGAGGCGCCCAAAGGCAUGCUGGUCCGGGGAGGCUACCACAUCAAGUCCUACUUCACUGAUGAUGACAAGACCGACCACCUCUCCUGGGAGUGGAACCUGAACAUAAAGAAGGAGUGGACCGAUUAGAGAGAACGGCAGCAUGGGGGGGAGGAGAGAAGCGAUCACAGAGACCAGCAGCACGGGGGGAGGAUC